CGGCUAUAUAAAGUGUUGGGUUGGGAUGUCCAGAAUACAGACAAGUCUAGGGUUGAACCUAAAACAAGACAGCAAAAUGAAACGCAGCCUAUCCCUGUUUACGCUCUUAUGCUCGCUUCAGCCCGUUUUUUCGCUUCUAGAUAACGGUGUCUGUCUUCUCCAAGUGGACGAGGGGCCGUGCAGAGCAUUGAUUCCGAGAUAUUAUUAUAACACCAUCACUCAGAAAUGCGAGGAGUUUCACUAUGGAGGGUGCAAUGGGAACGCCAAUAACUUCAAGAGUUAUAAGGAGUGCCUGAAAACAUGCUAUAGAAUCCCAAAAGUCCCACAAAUGUGUAGAUUCCCCCAGGAGAUCGGCCCGUGCCGGGCCCUCCACAAACGCUAUUCCUUCAACAUGACCACCAUGCAAUGCGAAGCAUUUGGCUAUGGAGGCUGCCAGGGCAAUGAAAACCGCUUCCUGGACCUCAAAGUCUGCAAUGAAUACUGCAGCCCCCACAAAACCAUUCCUAUUCUGUGCCUGGAUUUGCUGGACAGAGGGAAGUGUGCGGCGUCCAUCCCACGCUUCUACUAUAAAGCAUCCAGCGGGACCUGCGAGGAGUUCAGCUACUCAGGCUGUGGCGGCAGCAGCAACAACUUUGUAUCUAGGAGGAGCUGCACGGACGUCUGCGUUAAAAUUCCGGGACAUAAUAAUCGCCAGUACAACGCAAACAGACGGCGGGAGCGAAGAUACCGAAACAAUAUGGUUAAAGAUGAACUUGCUUAGAGGUUCCACCUCUUCAUGAAUGGAUCACUCAAUGCAACCUGGUUUGAAGUAGGACUAUCGUCUGCCAUUCUGCGGUAGCUGCCUGAAUAAUGACAUUGCACUGCUCCCUGUAUUCGACUACAGUCAAUAUUAUACUGUGAAGUGGGGCAGUUGAAACAGAGAGUUUCCAUGUGAAUGUGAAUAAUCCAACAUAUCAUUUUUGGAUUAAUGAGUAUUAUCAAGUUGGAGACUUCUGCACUAAUGUGACCGAUCUUGGAUUUGUAUCCGUUGUUAUAUCUUGUAUAUGUACAAUUUAUAUAGAUAUAUGUAUAUGAAAAUAUGUGUGUGUGAGUUUGCACAGAUGAGUGUUUGUGUGUGUGUGUGUGUGUGUGUGUGUGUGUGUGUGUGUGUGUGUGUGUGUGUGUGUGUGUGGGGGUGUGGGGGUGUGGGGGUGUAGUCAUCUACAAUAUUCUGACAAUGGUCAAUUUGACUUUGUUCUUUUUUCAUCAAAUAAAAUAUAUUUGUA